AUGCCUACCGUGGAAGAACUUCAAGAACAACUUCGCUUGGCUAAUGCUCGAGCUGAACAAGAAAAAAACCGGGCUGAUGAGAAAGAUCGGUCCCAACGCAGAACUACUCUUGCCGAGUAUCUUGAACUGUGCCAUACACACUUCUUCCAACCAAUAUCUGUUCAGACGGACAAAGCAUUUGCUACCCAGUGGGUUAAUCUAAAAGGCAAACUCUUUCCAAACCACCUCCGUCCAUGGGAUGAUUUCCUCCUUAUUCAACAAAACACUCAGCAGCGCUUGAAGUUGGCAUACAAAGACUCUGAUGAGAGGAUCUUUGAAAGCUCUCAUUUCAUAGAGGUACUAGGACAAAAAAUGACAUCCCAAAAAUUUUCAAGUGAAGCAGGUAUUGUUCUCCUUCACACAGAGACCAUAGAAUACCCUGUUACGGCUAUCAUCCAGCAUUUGCAAUCCAUUGAUUCCAUACAAAACGAAUUUAAUGUUCGUUCUGGGGUUCUUUUCGAUAGUAAUCCUAAUGGAUUGAGUGACAGAGGCGAAGAAGUUUCUCAGAGAAUCCAGAGUUCACAGUCCUCAACACCUCAUCAUUCGAUACCUCCUACUAGUGGUCUACGACGUGACCAAACAUGUGUAUAUACACGUGAAAAUGAUGAUGGCACACUUCGAAAACUCGCGUUUGUAGUGGAAUACAAAGCCCCUCAUAAGCUCAGUCUUUCCAGUCUUCAUUUUAGUCUCCGGGAGAUGGAUAUCAAAUCUGUUAUGAGUAAUCCUUCCGUCCCCACAGCCAAAAUCAAGGACGAGAAUGACCAGGAGAUCGAUAACCUAGAGCACUUUAAAUAUCAUGCUGAUAGAUUAGUGGCGUCUGUAAUAGCGCAAAAAUUCUCAUAUAUGAUUCAAAGUAGAGUACAAUAUGGUUACAUUACAACAAGCAAAGCUUUCAUUUUCCUUCAUAUUCAACUCGACGACCCGGGGACCGUGUACUACCAUUUGAUCGAGCCUAAAAUUGAUGUGGCGGUAGAAAUGCACGCAAAUCAAGAGUUCGUCGAUCGUACUGCAAUUAACCAGGUCUUGGCAUUCAGUUUGUUGGCAAUGGAGUCGGAGCCAACGAGUCAAAUAUGGUGUGAGAAUGCUAUGAGUAUCCUCAAUACCUGGGAUGUGAACUAUGAAGCUGUUCUUCGCACGAUACCUGAGAACGUACGGAAAAAUCCGCCACCCUCGAGUUACCGUACGAAAGCAUAUUUUCCGGUUGACCAGUUCAAAAUGGUACCAGGCAAUAAAAAGCGUAGUCGGAGCACACGCAGAGAACCUUCGACUUCUUGCAAUGAGACCAAUACAGGUCCAUCUUAUGCCACUGUCCUCGAGCCUCCGGUUACACCUUCUUGUCGCAGAACUCAACCCACCAACAAUGAACAUCCACCUCAAGAUCGAGGAAAUCGUUUUAAAAAUGCAAACGUUUCCCAGAACGAUGCUCGAAACUGA